GCAAAAGCAGAGGCCACAUAUGUACUGACUGUUUCUGACACAGAACAGUUAAUACAAAGGGAAUUUGUUGGAAAGCAAUGUGAGGUUACCGCAAGGCGCGGGUUUUACAAAUUUUCAAAUCAGCCAAUGAAGUUUGGCUUCUUCUCAAGCCAAUCAAAGAGAUGGAUUUUUCUAUAAAUACCUCCGGAGCAAAUACUCAUCUCAGGUUGAGAAGUUUCAUUGCCCGAAAUGGCCAGGACCAAGCAGACCGCCCGUAAGUCCACCGGUGGCAAAGCCCCCCGUAAGCAGCUGGCCACUAAAGCUGCUCGAAAGAGCGCGCCUGCCACCGGGGGAGUGAAAAAGCCUCAUCGGUAUCGCCCCGGUACCGUCGCCCUGCGAGAAAUCCGCCGCUACCAGAAAUCUACCGAGCUGCUGAUCCGCAAGCUGCCCUUCCAGCGCCUGGUGCGAGAAAUCGCCCAGGACUUCAAGACCGACUUGCGCUUCCAGAGCUCGGCUGUUAUGGCCCUGCAGGAGGCGAGUGAAGCCUACUUGGUGGGGCUCUUUGAGGACACCAACCUGUGCGCCAUUCACGCUAAGCGAGUCACCAUCAUGCCCAAGGACAUCCAGUUAGCUCGGCGUAUCCGUGGCGAGAGGGCUUAAAAGCUGCAUCCCUGCAUGAUGGCUAUGCGAAAACUAUUGCAAACACUUCAAGGCUCUUUUAAGAGCCACCACAUGCACAUUGAAAAGAGCUGUAACACGUCCGUAACUUGUGAUUGAAGAGCAAAAAUCACAAAUUGCGAAAACAAUGUAAAACAUUCAAUAGUAAUAUAUUAAUACAUGCAUCAUAUUAAUGUAUUUAUUACUAUAGUACUAGCAUUUAAAAAAAGUGUGGGGAAAAAGCAGAAUGUAAGGAGCAAAGAGACAGGAAAGUUCAAUUGAUUUUAGAGCAGUGCUUCUCAACCAGUGGUAUGAGAGAAAUCUGGGGCGUAACAACUGAAAUCUGGAGAAAACUUAAUUUUUGUUUUAAGUUUUACAGUGCUUAAUAUAGUUUUUCUGCUUUUUACAGCCAAAAAUUUCAUCCCCACCCAGCUAUUAUUCACUUGCUUAAACAAAUGUGUUGCAAUGGUAGAAAAAUGUGUCUGAAAACCAUAGGUACUGGGG